AUGCAUUGCAACAGGACAGCAGAUCACGACAUGGAUAUGGAUAUGCCCUCAAUGGCAAUGGAUACUCCGAGCCCUUCGUGCUAUGCAAACAAUGAUCCCUUCCUGCAAACACUAGCCUACUGCAUGUACAUUCACUGUGCUGAUGUAUCGGUCUCAGUUCUGGAGAAUUACUGGGAGUUGAACGUGGCUGGUAGACUGCAGUAUCAACCGAUCCCGAAGCAGUCAUACCAGGAAGCUCUUGGAAGCGUUGCCAAACCGCCAAUCGCGACACUCAACUCGUCAGCAGUUCUGGAUAUCGCUUCGUUGGUCGAUGAAGAGACGUAUUUGGGUAAUUAUAAUACUCUGUCCACGUUCGAAGCUGUCGAGACGUACCAUGAGAGAUACGGCUUAGUGCUCCUUCUCACUGGUGCAAUCAUCCCAAUCGCCUCUUCGCUACUCCGUUUCGUUCCAUUUCCGGCCGGUUUGCGAGUACGGUUCAAGGCAAUCUUCGUCGAUCCUCCGUUUGUCGGUCGUCGCCAUAGUUCCCCAAUACUCGACACCUUCUUUAUGCCCACUCGAGGCCAAGCACUCUUCAUCGCGUAUCUAUUAACAAUUAACGUAAUCUUGUGCGCGGUCGGGUUCCGAUCUGCGAACCCAAGCACCUGGUACGCCUCCAAGCACGAUGAAAUCCUCACCUACGUGGCCAAUCGCGCCGGCGUGCUCAGCUUUGCGAAUAUUCCCUUGCUGGUGCUAUACACCGGUCGGAACAACUUUCUCCUCUGGCUGACAGAUUGGUCGCAUUCAACCUUUCUUCUACUCCAUCGGUGGGUUGCGUUCAUCUGCACUCUAGAGGCCUGUCUGCACUCGGCCAUAUAUCUGCAAAUAUACGUCGCGAACAACGAGCACAGCACCGAAAGUAAGCUCCCAUAUUGGAUCUGGGGCGUCGUCGCCACUCUGACACUGGCCGUCUUGAUCCCAUCGUCCAUAUGGCCAAUCCGGAAACGGUUCUACGAGUCAUUCCUGGCUUGGCACGUCAUCCUGUCCUUUCUUGCUCUUCUUGCGUGCUACUGGCAUAUCUGGUACAGGUAUGGACAUCAAUGGGGCUACGAAACCUGGAUCUACGUGGCGUUCGGUAUCUGGGCCUUUGAACGAGUGUUUCGGGUAUUGAGGCUGGCGUGCCAUGGAAUUCGGAAGGCGUAUGUAACUGUUUUGGGUGACGAGUAUCUCAAGGUUGAGGUUCCCGAUGUAUACGCAAAGGGCCAUGUAUACCUUUAUUUUCCCACUCUGACGUGGCGCAUGUGGGAAAACCACCCCUUCUCCGCGAUUGCCAGUUUCCGACGCGGGGACAGCAUGGAGAGGAAGAUCGCCCUCGUGUCGCGGGAUGUCAAGGCUGAAUAUCUGUCGAAGAAUGGUCCUUCAGUGACGACGUUUCUUGAAUCGGACAGGACGCCUUACACGCCCUCAUCGCAGGACCUGACCACCGACGGAUACUACCAACCAUGCCUCACGUUCUUCGUACGCACGCAGUCAGGAACAACACGAUAUCUACUCAUUGCUGGUGGAGUUGGCAUCACCGCUCUGGUCCCGGAUCUGUGCAGCCACCGCGGAGGACAUACGCUGUUCUGGACUUCUCGCAGCAAGGCAUUGAUUGAGUCGGUACAGGAGACCGUUGGGAACGCUUGCGUGCAUGAUCUGAAUAUGAGGAUCUACCAUGAUCGGCGAAUGGAUAUCCCGAAGCUGUUGACGGAAGAGAUUCAGAAGUAUCGGGGUCUGCCGUUCACGGGUACUCCCACCUUUGACGUGCUUGUCGGCCUAGUGAUUCUGCAGAGUACACCGAUUCGGCGACAGAUGUACGAGGUUUUCGUCAGUUCAGAGAUCCUCCUGGCGAUGGUCUUCCUCGGGCUCUACUUCUAG